CAGCUGAUGAGCUUGAUGGUGAUGAGUACCUGGAGAUUUUUGGGAUCACCAGGGAGCAAGCUGGAAGAUACGAGUGCAAAGCGGCCAAUGAAGUCUCUUCACCAAAUGUUAAAUACGUCAAUGUCGUUGUGAACUACCCUCCCGUCAUAAUGGAGUCAAAAAACGCUGAGAUCCCAGUGGGCCGGGCAGCAGCUCUGCAGUGUAAUGCUGUCGCAGUGCCCAGACCAGACUUUGAGUGGUACAGAGAUGACAAAAGGAUAUUCAGUGCUGAAGGAAUCAAGAUUCAGAAUUAUGGGACACACUCUGUUCUUAUGGUAUCUAAUGUCACUGAGGAGCACUAUGGCAACUACACAUGCGUGGCAACCAAUAAACUGGGGAUCAAUAAUGCCAACCUAUUCCUAUACAGUGGCUUCUUCCAGUGCCACCUGCGGCAGCGGGAAUACAGUGAGGAUCGUUUCUCACAGUUUGAGCAGUGA